UGGCAGAGCCGCCGUCAGUCCGCGCUGAUCCUCCGCCCGCUGCGCCCGAGGAGAGGAGAGGAGACUCGGACAGGCUCGCGUCCGGGGUGCUGGAGACCCACCUCACCCAACACUGUCUCCACGGACAACAUUAAAGCCCCAGGACUGGACACGACCGCGAACACGACACGGAGACACCAUCCGGACACGAAGCUGAAAAGGGGACGUCUCCUCUCCAUCGCCUUUUUAUUUUUUAUUUGCGCACGACCACCCAUUAAAACCCCCUCUAGACCGGCAAGCGAUGCACCUUGAUGCCAAGACGACGAUCACUGCGAUCAAUGUGUGUGUUUUUUGUUUUGUUUUGUUUUAGUGCUUAAUCGAGAGGGACACAACGGACACUGUUCUCGGUGUUGACACAUGCAUUUUACGGGUUUCACUGGUUCAAGAGGAGACCUUCAUGGCCUGAAACUGACUGAAACUAAAUAAUCGCAAUUACUCAAAAUCGACGGCUUUUCUUUAGGUAGUUUUGUGCUUUUUUGCAACACUGUCAUGCGUGUCCAGACAACAGUCUGAUGCUUUCAGACGGCGCUAGAUUAUUAUUCAGCCACUGGUGACAGUGCCCUACAGGUCCUUCUGCAUAAUCUGCUGGGCCCUUCCUUAAACAACAAAAAACUGAGUCAUUAUUUUGCAAUCCCAAGGAAUUGGAGCAAACAUUCCCCCUGGAAAGUUUAAGGUGGAGACCAGCGUUCGGCUGAUAUAUCCAGGAGGUUUCACUGAAGGCUGCAGGCUCUGGACCGCAUGCUGUCAUGCUGUCCUUAGAUGAGCCACUAGACCUGAAGGUGCCAAGGGGGCGGAUCAGUGGGUGGGACAGAGGUGCCAGGUCACCGCCAACUCUCAGUUCCUCUCCAAUCCACGGCAAGGGGGCGGGGCAGCUGCGGAUGACAGACGACGGCACUGCGGUCAUCGUUCCAGCUUCUCCUGCAUCGCCACACACAGGUGUCUUACAGAAUAACUCGGGGACCCCCACACCACCGGCUGUGGACCUCAGCAUGUCCCCGUCCUCCCGAAACACCGCCUGCUCUCCAGAGCUCUCCAACGGUAGCGGAUCGGCUCCUGUUUUCCCUGGGGACUCGGCUCAUAUCCGCUAUGUUGAAGGAGGAGCCACAUCUCAAGCAUUCCAGUUCUUUGUGCCCAUCGGAGCAGGAGGAGGCCUUCACCUGCCCUCAUCCAUGUUUAUUCGGCAGCCUAAAGACACCAGAGCUUCUCCAGACCUUUCUGCAGAUGAACAGCUGGCCUGUCGCUGGAGGAAGUGCCACCUACUUUUCGACUCCUUGCAAGACUUGGUGGAUCAUGUCAACGACUUCCAUGUGAAGCCUGAGAAGGAUUCUGGCUACUGUUGCCACUGGGAAGGGUGUGCACGCAAAGGACGGGGAUUCAAUGCCAGGUACAAGAUGCUAAUUCACAUCCGUACUCACACCAAUGAGAAACCUCACCGCUGUCCCACCUGCAAUAAGAGCUUUUCCCGACUGGAAAACCUCAAGAUUCACAACCGCUCACAUACAGGUGAGAAGCCCUACAUCUGCCCUUAUGAAGGCUGCAAUAAACGCUACUCCAAUUCCAGUGACCGGUUCAAACACACACGCACACACUAUGUGGACAAGCCCUACUACUGCAAGAUGGUGGGAUGCUUGAAACGCUACACGGACCCCAGCUCCCUGAGAAAGCAUAUCAAGGCUCAUGGGCACUUUGUAGCCCAGGAGCAGGGAGGUGGGGUGGGCUCCCUGAUAAAGCAGAGCCAGAUUGCUGGGGUGGGGAAAGAUUCAGAGCUGACUUAUGUCAGCGGGGCUCACAUCAUCAUUCCUAGUGCUGCCGCUGCUCUCCUUGGUGGUCAUGCUCUGCAGGGUCUCGGAGGCUCCCUCCCGCUGUCCCCUCUCAGUCCCCGCCCCUUGGACUUGAGCACACUUGGCUGCCCAAACUCCCCUACUGCUGGGCUUGGAGGGACGCCUAUUCUGUCCUUCAGCAGUUCCCCUCUUGGCCUGACCAAGUCACCUUUGCUGACUCCUUCCUUCUCAUCUUCCACGCUGGGGUUGCCCAUGCUGCCCAUCCUGGGCUCUGAGCGCAGGGACCAUGGCAAGGGCAAGAUCAGAGGAGAGGAGGGGGAGAAUGAGAUCCACAGCGGUGUACUCAACCUGUCUACGGGAGCAACCCACGACCCCCUUUCUUGGGUGGUCAUCCCCUCUGGCCCAGUUGUGCUGAAGCCAGCUGUGGUCAACUAAGCACCACAUUCCAGAGGAAUGGCAGGGGAAGUGUGGGGGGAGAAUAGGAGUCAGAGGUCAGAGGCAAGCCUGUGGGGGGUUUCACAAAGCAAUUGCAGUUCUGCUUGGAAGUGACACCAUGUUCUACAGCAUUAAGCAUUGCUUCAUUUUUCACAGUUUUUUUUCAGACGCACACUACUACCUGUUUCUUCUGGUAAUAGCUAUGGUAUUUUAAAAGAUAAUUAUCUUAAAAUUCAGAAAUAGGCUAAACAUUCACUUCCACUACAUUUUUACUCUUUCUGGCUUAUGCUAUUACCAGGGGUGCUUAAUCCUGCUCCUGGAGGGCCACCUUUCUGCAGAAUUUAUUUCUAGCUUACUACAAUUCAACUUCUUGGUUGUUCAGGUAAUCCUGAAGAUCUUGAUUCAUGUAUGCUUUAAUUAGGGUUGUAGCUAAAUCAAGUAGGGCACCUCUGGACAUGGAUGCCCAAUGUCCGGUUCUACAUUUAGUUUCAACCCCAACGAAGCACAACUGAACAGGCCAAUUAACAUCUUCAAGAUUGCAAAAGCCAUGUUAGUUUGAUCAGGGAUAGAACUAAACUCAGCAGGACGUUGAGGUUCAGAGUUACCCACCCCUGGCCAUUGUUGAAAGGUGUCCCUCCAGAAGCAAAACUGGAUGUCAUAAGUACUGCUUUCUUUUCUGUUUAAUUAGUACACUGAUCAAAUGUCAGACUUAUGAACUUGUGCCCUUACAUCAAGAGACCAUUUCUGUGUAUUCAUGCAUGAGAGAAACUAUUUGACGUCAGUGUACAACACACUAAAGAGACAAACAUAUGCUAUAAUUCUUAAGGAAUUGAUCUUCAAGCCAUUCCGUGCAUUAAAAAAGUCUAUAAGUAUAACAAGAUAGAGAUCUUUGAGGCCAACAUGUAUAGGUCUGGUUAGGUUUGCAAGUGGAAGCUAAAGUUGUAGGUCAGGCAAGCGUAUCUUGUUUACAUGCUGACAAUCAGCAUUUGGUGUACCCUUGAGAACAGCCCUGCUCCUGGAAUGCCACUUUCCUACAGAGUUUAGCUUCUAGUCACCUGACUAGCUUGUGGUGAUCAUGAACACAUUGAGUAGCUAGUUUGGAUGUUUAAUUAGGGCAAGACCUAAACUCUAUUUGACUUAGCCUUUCAGGAGUACAAUUAAACAUUCAUUUCAGACUGUUCCCACCUAAGUCUGCAGGUACCCUCUGCAUACCUUGUAAGUGAACCUCUUUAGCUUCAAUACUAUUGGAACCUAAAUGACAAACCUUGCAUUUGCUGCUAGCUGUAUAACUGCAAUGUAAGUAUACACAUUUGAAUAAAACUAGACAAAGUAUGAAUGACAAUCUGUCCUCAGAAGGGGAGGAAAUAGAAACCUUGACUAGCUCUGUUUUGUUGAAUAAGAGAUUUACAGACACAAAACUCAGACUGAGUUUUAAGUCACACAAGGGCACAAACCCACCUAGCGGUCAUGCUAACAUCCCAUAGGACAUGGCAUUGUUGUAAAUAGUGCCAUCUUCUGGUCAUCAGUUGUACUGUACAUGGCUAGCUGCACCGAGGGCAACAUUUAACAUUAUUGUUCUGCUUUGCAGCAUACUAGCAUUGCAGGGUUAAACAACAAACCAUUGGUUCAUGCAAAAUAUCGAACUUUUAAAUAACCAUUAUCUAUCACCUAUUGUACAUGCUGACAUUUGAAUAAUUUGGUAUGACAAUUUUGCUUUUUAUCCCACUGUGCUAAAAAUCUGAAGGUAUACCCAGAAACUGAAUUAGGGACAUUUUAAAAGCACUGUUCAGUUGGCCAAAGGGUAACGCUUUGAUUUAAGAUCCACUGCAUCAAAGUCUGUUGUUCUCAGCAAUACUCCUGCUAACAUGAAGUUGCUGCAACACUUCAAAACUUUCCACUAAAGCCAUCAUACAUUGAUCAACCUGUCACAAUCAGGACCUAAAGCAGAUUAAAUCUCGUCUCCUGACCUCAGGCAAGUAACAGUCUCUGUCCUCUCAGGAGAAGUACUUCUGGAACAGAGAUGAUAUGUGUAAAGCAUCCUUCAGAGAUUUCCAUUAUCCCACUAAUAGUUUGGCAUUUUUAACGGACAAGUGAAUGUAACGCAAAACAUUCCACCUGAAAUAUUCGCACUUGCCGAAAGCAUGUACCCCACCGUCCCCUCCAAUCUAUUUUUACACUCAGAGUCUUAUUGCAUUUGUUUUAUUAUUUGUGAAAACUAUACAAUUGAUGUUGUUUUGUUUUUACGUUUUUAUUUCGGACGAGACAUUUCCUGAUGUUGAAGUUGGUUUAUUUCUUCUAUCUCUACUCUAUGUUCAGCUUUCUCCAGCCAAUCAUUUAGGAGGAAAAGGGAAAUGACACAAAAUUACUGCAGGAAUGGUUUGAGUUAGUAACGGUUUAGUUACGGUUUAGUUACCAUAUUUAGGAAUGGUUUGAGUCAGUUUAUAACCACACCACAAAAACAGAGGUUUACAUGCUGUACACCAGGGGUGAUCAACCCUGUUCCUAGAGAUCUACUUUCCUGCUAGUGUUGUCACAAUACUACCAAUCGGUACUGAAAUUCUUAAACCAUCAAUUUUCGCUAACAGUGCAUGAAAAAAUUCAAAUGCAUUCUUAAACACCACUGAUUGGCCAUUGUGUUCACAUGCUCAACAGAAAUUACUCUGAUUGGUACCGAAAUUCCAGUAUGGUCACAACACAACUUCCUGCGGAUUUUAGUUGCAACCCAUAUCAAACACACCUCCCUGUAAUUAUCAAGUGCUGUUCAGGGCCUAAUUAAUUGGUUCAGGUGUGUUUGAUCAGGGUUGGAGCUGAACUCUGCAGGAAGGUAGAUCUCUAGGAACAGGGUUGAGCUGUUGUACACAGUUCUGUUCAAUUACGAUUAUCAUCAUCGAUUCAGUUUAAUUCGAAAUCACCAUGGCUUUAGCAAUAAUAUUCUACGGCAGUACAAAUUUCUUGAUUAAUACGCUGUAAUGAGAGAAUAGUUUACCGAAACUCUUUGGUCAUUUUUGAACAAGAUGCUAUAAUCUAAUCCAACUCGAUGAACAAUUAUAAUCUAAUGCCAAGCAAUCUAAUGAUUUUAAAAGUAAUUGUGUCACAGAUGUCUUCACACUGCAUGACUAUCUGGGCUAGCAUUUUGUUGCUGCUUUGUUUACACUGCAAGAUGGAUCAACGACAGGGGGUUUCACAUUGCAUGACUUUAAAAUAGGAAGAAUCGCCGACAACUUUAUCCAAACUACGUUUCACAACCAAAAACACGUAGUAUAUCUUUUGUUAUUAACUACAUAACAAAAAAGAAGCCUUUAAUGGGGUAGAAAAUGUACAUAUUUGCUCACCUGGGUUUGAAGGGAAUUAGCAAUUUCUCCUCUGCUUUCUUUUUUUGACCCGGUUGUUAUAUUGCCCACAUGACACGUCAGACAGACACGGAUGCUCCUGCCAAAUUUCCUAUAGUUUUUCCUCUGUUUCUUGGGUCCAAAUAAACUGAAAAAAAGCGAUUUUAACUUCUCCCUCAACCGCCUGCUGGCUUCAGGUACCCACACUAAUGAAUGCUGCUUUCUCAUUGGCUGUAUGCAGGCUGUAGGUUCUUUUCGGUCAAAACUGAUUUCACACAGCAUGAUUUGAAUCGCCGACAGCUCCAGAUAUUUAGCACGCCAAAUAUCUCACAGGCAUCUGCGACUCAUCGGCGAUUCUCUCAGAUCGCGUCUUUGAUAGUUCACAUUGUGUGAUUGUUACUCGCGUGCACGAGCAUUGAUUUACCUGUGAUUUCCGGCGUUUGUCUGUGAUUUCACAAAACCUGUCGGCGAGUGAAAUCGGGGCUAAAAUCAUACAGUUUGAACUCGGUAUAAGCUAAUCUAAAAGUGCUCCCACAAGACCCAGAGAUCAACUGAAUGGACUCAAAACAAUGGUAAAACUAAUGUUCCUUCAAGGCAAGUAAUUUCACUGCCUUUUGGGCAGUAUGCUCAUGCAUUCUGUUUGUAUGAGGAAACGUCAAAUUCUCCAAAACUGCUUGCCAAGCUUAUGAUUAAAUUUUAUAUUAGGAAUCACUUAAAUUUCUAACGCUGCAUUUAAACCAGAUGCGAAUAGACAUCCUGCGGCAUGUUUCACGCGAAUGAAGUAGCACGAAUUGAAUGUUUUGCGCAUUUGAUGAGCUUAACUAUUGCACAAAUCGCUCGAGUUGAAAAAUCUGAACUUCAGCAGACAUUCGCGCCGCAUUAACCAAUCAUUAGCUUGCUCUUGUAGGGGCGCGAUUAUGACGUAGAGCCUGUUGUUGGUGUCCCAAGGGGAAAAUUCUCCUGCCGACGCUGACAACAGCUCACCAAACUGGACACGGUUUAGUCAGAAGCAACGCUAAAAGCCUCUAUCAUCCAAGCAUAGUUUCUGGAGGAAAGCUGGGUGCACCUCCGAAAGGAUCUAGUGGACCCGAACGAAUCUACGCUGUUUUUCAGCCUUCCAAAAGCACAUAAACCACAGCUACUCUCUCAAUAAAAUCCAUGUUAUCUAUUUAGCAAUGAAGCUAGAGUCACCAGGCAGACAGAAGCCCUGUCCAUGUUGUGAAUCCACAUCUAUUGUGAAGUGAAUUUUACAUGCGAAUGAAGCGAAUAAGAUGCGCCAAUGAAGCAAGUAAACUCAAAAUGUUCACGCACCUAUUUACGCGCGAAUAUCGCGAUUUAUCUGCAUGUGCUGCAUCUGGCGUGAAAACAGCAUUAUUAUUCGAAUCACACAAAAUCUGCAGAAACUCACCCCUAGAGCCCCUUGCCCAGAGAAUCGUCAGUCUAUAGUGAUCAAUGAUUGGCUCCUGUACUAGUAGGCGGGGCUUCAUUCAUCAUAUUGACCAUUACACUUUUCCCCAUUCAAAACUAUACGAGUGACACAUCUUGUGUAUUCUAGAUUCUUUGGUAAAACUCAAGUUUAUCUCUGGAGAAUUUGUAAAAUGAGUGUUUCUUUAAGUCCACAGCUGCUAGCAUGCUAGCUUGUGCGCCUCAAGAUCAGAGGAGUGAGGUUUACUCAAACAAAACCUUUUUUUAGCUAGCCUCGAUUACAUAAAGGAUGAGUAUGAGAUCCCCCAUGAGACAUCCAACUGAUCCUGACAAGAGGAACCUAAAAGCCAAACAAUUACUGUCUGGAAGCGGAGAAACUGUGUGCUAAGACUACCUCUGUCCGCACUAGCAGAAAAAAAAACACUGCCACUGUCCACGUCUUGAUCAUGCGCCAAGCUUUAAAACUAGGCCAUUGCCCCCUCAAUGCCCCCAGAUUAGUAUUUAUGUAUUCAGUUAAAGCCAAGAAAGGUUGACCCACUGUGCUAAUAUAAGGCCUUUUAGGAGUGUUGAGAGGUAACCUGCAAACACAUGCAUUGAUCAACACGCAAUCACCUCAGGUUCGAUGGGUUUUUUAUACUGGAAAUGCAGUUUAAAAAGUUGUGAAUAUCUUUGUCACCUUCCCUUACUCGUAUUAUUGGCUGGAGAAAGCUGACGCUGACACAGACCUGUCAAGGUCUACAUCAAUGUUCAAUAUCAGAUAAGCUGUUUAAACCCUUAACCCUUUGAGCAUUCUGGAGAAGGCCACCGCUUCACAUAGGAGCCCAUGUGAUGAUGUAAAACAAUGGUGCUUUUAUCAAUGACUCUAUUUUUACUGCAGCUCUACAUGGCAGACUUAAGCAAUAAAGUCAAUGGUAUGAUGUCAUAGCUAAUGUUCAGAUUUAAAUAUAUAAAUAUACGGUACAUGAAUUAAGCACCAUGUUAGAUUAAAAUAAUUGAGCUCCCACCUAAAGACAACUAUUGGUUCGUAAGAGAAACUAACAAUCGGGCAAUUCUUGAAGUGACACAGAGAUGCACAAAGGGUUAACAAAGGACUAUGGUCUAAAAAGGCCAGCAUUCGUUUUAUUUUUUUUAUUUUUUGCACAUUUUUGAGAUAUUUUAAUAUCAGUAUUUUCGUUUUUUUUCCAAGUGCCUUUUAUUGUAGUUGAAAUGUAGAUGUAAUACAGUAUAUAAAAAUAAAUAUAUGUAUAAAAAAUAAAUAUAUAUUUUUUCCCAGCGUCAUGUUCUAAUGCUGAACAUACAGAAUUUUAGAGCUGUAAGUCUCCAGUUGGUACAACAUAGGUGUGUGAUCUCCUGUUUUAGAGGAAUUUUAUUACGAUAUUGAUAAGGAUGUCAAUGAAAAAUAAACGAAACAAAUGUUUAAUAAAUUUGCAUUUGAUACA